AGGGAACAGAAUUCCGGCCUGGCUCUGGUCAGUGUGGCUGAACCUCUGCUGAUAGUUGUGGAUUUGCUAUUCCCGAUUAGGACAGGAGUUGCUUAAGGGGCAGCCACUGUAUAUAAUGAGGAACAACAGUGAAGUCCACUCCUUGGGUGGCAGAGCCCCCUUCCUGAUGUAUCCUUACUGUGCCUUUUCUCUGUACAGGAGGCGGGAGGAAUGGGUGUUUUCCUCUUAUAAGGAGGAUUAAGCCACACUUAAUUACCUCCUUCCAGGCUCUAUGUGCAGAUAUAGUCACAUAGGGCUUCAGUGCAUAAAUGGGGGAAGGGAGCAGAAUCAUAAAGUUCAGUCCAUAGCAGAGGCUGAAAGGAGCAGAAUAAGUAAAGUCAAAAGAGAGAAGCCAGGCUACAGUGGACAGUGUAGUCCCAGCACGGGAGGUUGAGACAAGAGGACUGAAGGUUCUAGGCCAUCUUGGGCUACAGAGGGAGUGAACAGGGUCCAGAUCGUGUAGACCCUAAGAGGAAGAGUUUGAAGGGUCCAGAGGGUUCCAUUUACAUGCCCAAAGUCACCCAGUUCAAACGUGUGCAGUUUGUUCUCAGAACACAUCUAAAGCCCAGGUCAUGGGAAACCCAGAGCCGUCCUGGUGACGUGUGCUGACAAGGGUGCACACUUCAUCCUACCCCGAGGAGGUGGAGCUAGAGAGGUCAAAUGACUUGCCUGAGGCCACACAGCGAGUCUGUGGCAAAUCCAGAUUUCCCAGGUCCUCUUUCUAACCUUUCUACAGACUUCUGACCUUGAUUCUGCCUAACUUCAUCUACUCGUUUGACAAGGAAUAUGUGGGUUUUGCUGCCCUCCCCAACCAGCUGCACCGCAAGUCUGUCAAGAAGGGGUUUGACUUCACACUCAUGGUGGCAGGCGAGUCAGGCCUCGGGAAAUCCACCCUCAUCAACAGCUUGUUCCUCACCAACCUAUACGAAGAUCGGCAGGUGCCCGAUGCCAGUGCACGAACCACACAAACUCUGACCAUCGAACGCCGGGGCGUGGAGAUCGAGGAGGGAGGCAUCAAGGUGAAGCUGACCUUGGUGGACACUCCUGGCUUUGGGGACUCUGUGGACUGCUCAGACUGCUGGCUGCCAGUGGUCAGAUUCAUUGAGGAGCAGUUUGAGCAAUACCUCAGGGACGAGAGUGGCCUCAACAGGAAAAACAUCCAGGACUCCAGAGUCCACUGCUGCCUCUACUUCAUCUCACCCUUCGGCAGAGGGCUCCGCCCCCUGGAUGUGGCUUUCCUCCGGGCAGUGCACGAGAAGGUCAAUGUUAUCCCCGUCAUUGGCAAAGCGGAUGCCCUGAUGCCUAGGGAAACUCAGGUUCUCAAGCAGAAGAUCCGGGACCAGUUGAAGGAGGAGGAGAUCAACAUCUACCAGUUCCCAGAAUGUGACUCUGAUGAGGAUGAAGAAUUCAAGAAGCAGAACGAAGAGAUGAAGGGAAGCAUCCCUUUCGCGGUGGUUGGUUCCUGUGAAGUGGUGAGGGAUGGCGGAACCCGACCAGUGAGAGGACGUCGCUACUCCUGGGGUACCGUGGAGGUGGAGAACCCGCAUCACUGCGAUUUCCUAAACCUGAGGCGGAUGCUGGUACAGACCCACCUUCAGGACUUGAAAGAGGUGACCCACGAUCUGCUCUACGAGGGCUAUCGGGCUCGCUGCCUACAGAGUCUGGCUCGACCUGGGGCCCGGGAUCGAACCAGUCGCAGCAAGCUUUCGCGGCAGAGUGCCACAGAGAUCCCACUGCCCAUACUGCCGCUAGCCGACACUGAGAAGUUGAUUCGCGAGAAAGACGAAGAGCUGCGCCGCAUGCAAGAAAUGCUGGAGAAGAUGCAAGCUCAGAUGCAGCAGAGCCAGGCUCAGGGCGAGCAAUCAGACUCUCUGUGAGAUCUUCACUACCGCCCAACCUAACAUCUGCUCACCACCAAUCUCCGGUCCCGUCGGGCUCUAGACUGCCCAGCGUCCAAUCCAGAGACCUAGAGGGUAGGCCCGCCCUUGCACUUGAAACUGGUCCCUCCAAUCCGGAAGUUUGUAGCCCCGCCCAACUCCGCCCUGUUCUGAGCCGCCCUCCGACUACUGAAGGCCGGUUCCACUUAGGGUAUCCCUGUUUCUCUAAGUUCUCCGUCUAAUAAAAACUGCUUACCCCACCCCACCCCGAGCUGCCUGAGUCUUCUUCCCAGCAGGAAUGGGGCUGCCCGCUGCGGGCCUUCUGGCUUCUAGUUAGUCCAUUGUUAGCCACUCCUGUCUUGCUGGGCGGUGCUUCAACCUCCCGCCUGAGUUCGCGCUUAAAUAAACUGAAGUUGCCACCAAUAAGAAACAAA